CUGCUCUUGGGCAGUCCUCAUGCGUGUGCGGCCCUGCAGAUGACUGGUCGUCUUGCGUCCAACCUGAGCUAGCACGCACUACCCUUUCUUGCUAUACAUAGCUGUAACUUGCGCACCACACGGGCAGCGACGAUCUACUUAUGCUUGCACGGCUGUCUCAGGCGGCGGCGAGGACCCUCUUGUCCACCCUCGAGCUGCGCGAGCAGUGCGCUGUCUCGGAGGGCGAGAGGGAGUUGUUGACCCUCAACGUCGAGGAUCUGUACGGGUUUGUGAAGCCGCUCCCACAGCUCGCCUGGAGCAGCGUCUCGGGCAUAUGUUCGCGCACGCUCACCCCUGUCUACCACGCGCUCAGUGCUACGCUGCAUGACGACGUGGAGCAACUCGCGCAGCUGUUCGCGGACCUGGAAGCGUCGCACGAGCGCGAGGCGUACUUCGAGCCCGCUGAGCGGGACGUGGUCCUUGCGCGACUUCCUCAUGCUGAUGAUCCUGCGUCGUCACGACCAGCACCCGCAUUACCCCCACGAGCGAGGCGGCGCUCCUCAGUUAAAAGGUCAGAAGCACCCCUCGUGAUCACAUUCGACGACCCGUCGAUCCCGACCAUCGUGGUGACCCCGUGCGCGUCGCUGCCGCGCGCGUCCGCGUGCCUGAUCCCGUACCAGGACGCGGCCUUCGGGAACAGGCUGCCCGUGCCGACGCACCCGGCGCUGAACGACGUGUUCCCGCCGCUCGUCGCGAAGCCGUUCCCGCUCGUCGAGCGCUGGCGGUACACGGACGGGCACUGGUGCGCGCAGCUGCCGCCCGUGCAGGAGCAGAUGUCGAUGGGCAUGUUCUCGCGGCCGCUGUCGACGCGCCGGCAGCGCGCGCCGAAUCCGGACGGGGCGGGCGCACGCGCGUGUGCGGCGCGCGGACGGACGUGUUAUUCGCGUAGCAGCCACCGGGAGGGCUGAGGCGGCUCGGGGGGUGCUUGUUGCGAUGCCGUCGUACAUGUCGUGCCAUCGUGUGUCCGUUCGCUCGUUCGUUACUGGGCAUCGCCUCGGAGUCGCGGAUCCAUAAUAUGUAGGCCUGCAUUUCAUGUCGCUCCGAGUAGACGUUUUGAUUGGUCGUGUCUUUAUUUGGCGUUCGCGUGUGUUGGAUAUCCCGUUGCAAUGCUAUGGACUGUACGCCCUGUCGUGUGUCGAGCGAGGAACAGGAAGGCGAGCGAGGGUCGGAACGCGGACGGGCACCGCGUGCUGCAUGCAGGUACGCACGUGUGCGUGGGAC